AGAGGGACUGACACUCCUUCUUGGACUGCGGACUGCUCUUGGCCAGAAUCUUUCUCACAGCCUGCUCUAGUCUCAGUUCUUUUUUACUUUGCUUGCACCGAUUAGAUUAGACUGACUAGUGAAAAGCAAAAAUGAGACAGAGCAUGACCACCUCCAGUAUGAGGAGCGGUGGAUUACAAAGAACGGCUCAAUCAAUGAUCAUGCCAGGUGACAGGCAAAGAAUGAGCUACGUGUCCAUGUCCAGGGCAGCUCCUGUUAGCAGUUCAUUCUCAAGUUCCAGCAGCUAUAUGCGUGGUGGUGGUGGUGGUGGUGGUGGUGGUGGCUUAGUCGGUGGUGGAUUUGGGGGUGGUGGAUUUGGUGGUGGUGGAUUUGGGGGUGGUUAUGGGGGUGGAAUGGGAUCAUCAAUUGGUGGUGGAGGAGGAUUCGGUGGAGGAUUCAGUAGCCUUGGUGGCGGAUAUGGUGGACUCAGUGGUGGAAUUGGUAGUGGAUUUGGUGGUGGAUUUGGCAGUGUAAUGGGUCCACCAAUGCCAAUCACAGCAGUCACCGUUAACCAGAGUUUACUGGCCCCUCUCAACCUGGAAAUUGAUCCCAACAUUCAGCAAGUCCGAGCCCAGGAAAAGGAGCAGAUCAAGACCCUCAACAAUCGCUUUGCCUCCUUCAUUGACAAGGUCCGCUUCCUGGAGCAGCAGAACAAGAUGCUGGAGACCAAAUGGAACCUCCUGCAAGAGCAAAGUGGUAGUGGUCCAGGUGGUGCAAGAUCCAAUAUUGAACCCAUGUUUGAAGCCUACAUUGCCAAUCUGCGUCGGCAGCUGGACGGCUUGAACAAUGAGAAAAUUAAACUGGAAAGUGAUUUGAAAAACAUGCAAGGCUUGGUGGAAGACUUCAAGAACAAGUAUGAAGAUGAAAUCAACAAAAGGGCUGCAGUGGAAAAUGAUUUUGUCCUGCUGAAAAAGGAUGUUGAUGGUGCUUACAUGAACAAGGUUGAACUGGAGGCCAAGGUCGAGGCACUUCAAGAUGAGAUUAACUUCUUGCGUGCCCUCUACGAUGCGGAGCUCAACGAAUUACAGAAUCAGGUUAAAGACACCUCAGUGAUUUUAGAGAUGGACAACAGCCGCAAUCUCGAUCUGAACGCCAUCGUGGCAGAAGUGCGCGCUCAGUAUGAAGACAUUGCCAACCGCAGCCGAGCAGAGGCUGAGAACUGGUACAAGCAGAAGUAUGAGGAGAUGUCAACAUCAGCUGGAAAACACGGUGAUGACCUGAAAAACACCAAAUCUGAAAUAUCAGACCUGAACCGUUUGAUCAACCGACUGACAGCUGAAAUUGAAGCACUCAAGGGACAGAGAGCGAACUUGGAGACGGCAAUCGCUGAAGCAGAGGAACGUGGAGAGCUGGCAGUGAAAGAUGCAAAGGCCCGCAUCGCUGAUCUGGAGGCCGCCUUGCAGAAAGCCAAACAAGAUAUGGCCCUGCAGGUCCGUGAAUACCAGGAGCUGAUGAAUGUCAAGCUGGCCCUGGACAUUGAGAUCGCCACCUACAGGAAACUACUGGAAGGCGAGGAGAGCAGGCUCAGUUCAGGAGGAGGUGCAGUCACGGCAGUCCACGUGCAGUCAUCUUCUACUAGCGCUUCAUCUGGUGGAGGUUUCGGAGCAGGAGGAGGAAUUGUUGGUGGAGGAUUUGGAGGAGCAGGAGGAGGAGGAUUUGGAAGUGGAGGAGCAGGAGGAGGAGGAUUUGGAAGUGCAACAAUGGGAGGAGGAUUUGGAGCUGGAGGAGGACUAGGAUAUGGAUCAGGAGGAGGAGGAUUUGGAGGAGGAGGAUUUGUAGGUGCAGCAAUGGGAGGAGGAUUUGGAGGAGGAGGAUUUGGAGGUGGAGGAGGAGGAGGA